AUGAUAUGUCCAGAAGGAGCUCAAUAUCAAAACGAUGCUUUAAAAAAAGAUGAAGAUUCGAUUUGUAAGAAAAAUAAAGUCCCGGCAGAUGGGCUUGGUGCCUUAGAAUUAAAUUCUUUAAGAAAUCCAAGAAAUUGGAAGAAAUCUAUAUCCAGCUUUUUUCGAGGACAACUACGUUCAACCAAAUCCAAUGACGGUGAUCGGCCUUCUGGCAGCAAAGAAACCUUCCAAGAUAAACAAAUGAGCCCUGAUCAAAAAUGGCAAUCCUUGGGGAAAGUAUUUAGACGACAAAGCUUCGCUGAACAUUGGAACAAAAAUUCAAGUCACCAAGGGGAAAGUUCUACGCAAAAUAAGCGAUUGGCUGUCAGAAAGGAAUAUUGCGUAUUGCUCGUUGUUCGGGUGCCUUCAGGAGAUGAUUCAAGAGAAUGCUUGGAGAUU